AUGGCUGAUGCCAUAGGUCCUGAUGUAAAUAUAAGUCGUCGUAGGAAAAGAAAUCCGAAACAUGAGGACAACUAUGAGGACCUUGACUCAAAGUACGAAGAUGAAUUCGACGACGAUUUUGUACCCGCGAAGCGGGGCAGGUUGCUAAAGCCCAAGCCACUCCGAAAUCUUAACUCGUAUGACUCGAUCCAGCUUGAAGUUAGUAAAGAGAAACAACGCAAAACACCUGUUAGAAAACCGAAACCUUUAAGAUCUACGAAACGAGAUGAACCUGAGGAGACAGAGGAUCCUGAAAUGCGAAUGUCAGCGAGGAUGGUGGAUAGAAUAGCUGCGCUAAACGAUGGGAAGAGGACCAAAGUUGUGAUGGCUAACUGCUUUGAAGAUAGGACGGCACUAGACUGUAUAGAUGUCUGCUUGAGAGAAUCGGAAAAUAUGCAGGAAGAUGCUGUUGCUUUGGCCAUUGCCACGGCCGUUUAUAGUCUUCGCGUAGAUCGGACGCACAACGACGCACAGGAGACACGCUACACUUUCAUUCGUGGUAAAAGCGAUGCAGAGAAAGCAAUGCUACUCGCUACCGGUGAAAAUAUUGAGAAUACCAAGGACAAGAGGAGGCGGAAAAAGAAUGAAGUAGACGAGGAAGCGAAAAAGGCGACAGAGGCGGACAUGGAUGAGUUCCAGAAUGAGGAUAAUGCACAACAGGACUGGCUGAAACUACCAGAUGCCGAUACGUUCGAUUACUCAUUUGGUUUGAAAUUUCCAUUGAGUGGUAGUUAUCUACAACACUGGAGUUUCACGCAAGAGCUUCUCGAGCGAAAGAGGAAAUUAAUGUCAUGGAAGAAAAUUCCGCCAUUGGAGUUCUGUACAACGUACACGGAUUUCAUGCGGGUAACGGCAAACCUUGAAUCAGAUCGGAUCGAUGGAUUAGCGACUUUCCAAGCACGUAGAGACAUCACAGGAAAGGUUAUCGUACUGCAUGAUGCGAUGAUUAGGAGAUCUGUUCCACAAGGGAGAUACAGUGAGGAAAUGGAACUGUCAGUGGUUAAACGCUGCAGAGACAUGUUGGCAAACGCGCUGCAAAAGGAACCGACAACUUGGGACCAUUUCUUGCUCGAGGACAAUCCGCUAUUGUACAAAACUGGUCAAUAUUUGAGGACUGGGGACAUGACUGGCUAUGUUCUCCAAGAACGACCGUUUUAUCAUCAUUUCGAUCCGGAAGAAGAGUCGUCCGACGAACCCAGGGAUAGGUAUAGUUGUGUCGAGAAGAACGCGGACAAGACUCUGUAUACCUUUAAGAAGCUGCCAAAGGGAGCGGCGUUUGGAAGGGUGGCGCCACUCAUUCGCGUCCCUGUCAACAAAUAUGCAAACCCUAGGAAUAGGAAAAUUGAAGACCUGUACUUCAAAGAAGACAUCGAUCUAAAGCCUAUGGACAACGAAAUGAGCAAGCUUGAUCUUGUAAAGCUCACUGCUGACGCGAGGAAAGAACUGGAGAGUCAUGGAAUUGCAUCAGCGGAUGUACAGCUUGUCAAUUUCCACAUCUCUCCGUUGAAGGUCGGGCCGAACUCUCAGACUGAUCUGGAAGAAAUAGAAGAAUCCAGGACGAGUGGCAGGGGUCCUCUUAUGAAUCGGCUCAGAGCUGAACAUGAAAAUCAAACAGCCGUUCUUGAAAACAUGCGAAACGAGCUGACUCAGACGGUACGAACUCGUUGCAACAAUGUGGUUAAGGAGUGUUAUGAAGCCAGGGCAAGCCUUUCCAAUGAUGCUGACGAAGAAGAGAUCGACGAAGAAGAUUUUAAAGAAUGGAGAACUUCGCGUUUUCUGGACCUCAUUGAACCACCGAAAGAGAAGACCUUCCUUGACACCUUGCAAAAUGUGUUUUCCAAGGCAUUCGAUUUGUCCCAUUCGAACGACAAUGAUUCCGAAGAUCGAAAGCAGAUUGUGGCUUCAAUUCUGGGUACUGGAUGUGAUACUGCUGAGUGGCGCGUACCGGAGGAAGUUAUUUUCAAUGACACAAUUGAAUUUGUGAAAUGCGGCACUCAUACUGAUGUGCGAUACAUGGAUGCAACUUAUCAUAUGAAAGUAUUCAAAUUCAGGGUCACCGUUGAGCAAGCUCAUGAGAGCUUAAGACGAGCUGAACGUAUUGGCGCUGGUAUGGCACCGGAAGAAUUGGCGAUUCUGAAGCAAAAAUGUUUCCGCCCAGGAAGAUACAAUGGGAUGAGCGAUAGUGGUGAAGUAUCGGUAUGA